AUGGCAAGGCUUUUCAAAAGAACAAAUUUGUACCUCUUUGGAAUAUUAGUAACCAUGAUAAUACUCAGACAAAGCAUACGAUUAUUUUCAACAAAACAAUCGAUUAUCAAUAGCAACCCCGUUGUUAUUAUUGGUUCAGGGCUGGCUGGUCUAUCUGCUGCAAAUCAAUUGAUAAAUGAAUUCAACGCACCUGUCGUUAUCUUGGAUAAAGCUGCUAAUAUGGGUGGUAAUUCCAUUAAGGCCUCAAGUGGUAUAAAUGGUGCCAACACCAUCACACAAUCAAAAUUGAAUAUCGCUGAUAGUCCUUCAUUAUUUUUAGAAGAUACAGUAAAAUCUGCAAGAGGCAGAGGUGUCCAUUCUUUAAUGGAUGUUUUAACGAAAGAAUCUAAGGGAGCCGUCAGCUGGUUACAAACUGAGUUUAAUAUCAAACUGGAUGCGUUGGCUCAAUUAGGUGGUCAUUCUGUCCCAAGAACUCAUAGAUCUACAGGUAACUUGCCUCCUGGUUAUGAGAUUAUUUCAACUCUAUCGAAACGUCUACAAAAUAAAGCUGAAGAUGAUGUUGACCGUUUAAAGAUAAUGCUAAAUUCAAAAGUCCAGGAUAUUAAAUUCAAUUCAGAAGGUAGCGUCCAAAGCGUCAACUAUAUCGAUGAAAAUGGUGUACCACAAUCAAUUGCAACCGAUAGUGUGAUAUUUGCCACUGGUGGUUUUGGUUACUCUAAAGAAAUGUUAAAAAGAUAUGCACCAGAUUUAAUUAACCUGCCUACCACAAAUGGUAAACAGACAACUGGUGAUGGCCAAAAUAUAUUGGAGAGACUUGGUGCAAAUAUGUUGGAUAUGGAACAAAUUCAAGUUCAUCCUACUGGGUUUAUCGACCCAACUGAUCGUUCCAACAAUUGGAAGUUCUUGGCUGCCGAAGCAUUAAGAGGUCUUGGUGGUGUCUUAUUGAAUCCAUCUACAGGGAGAAGAUUUACAAAUGAAUUGAACACUAGAGAUAAAGUCACGAAGGCCAUCCAAAAGAUGUGUCCCGAAAGAGACAAUAAGGCUUAUUUGGUGAUGAGCGAGGACUUGUAUCAGAAUUAUCAAAGUAACAUGAAAUUCUACAUGUCAAAAGGUCUGAUUUCGAAAAUGUCAAUCGAAACAUUUGUCAACAAUUAUAAACUACCAAUUAGUCCUACAGAGGUAGUGAACGACUUAAUUAAAUACUCAUCUAAUGGCCAAAAAUCUGAUGAAUUUAAUCGUCCUUUAGUUAUCAAUACCUUUGGCACUGAUAUAAAUUCGAAGACAGACAUAUAUGUUGGUGAAAUAACUCCUGUUGUCCAUUUUACAAUGGGUGGGGCUACAAUCAAUGAAAAAGCACAAGUUAUGAAUAAUGAAAAUGUCGUCUUAGCGGAUGGGUUGUAUGCCGCUGGUGAAGUAUCUGGGGGCGUCCAUGGAUCAAAUAGACUAGGUGGUUCAAGUUUAUUAGAAUGUGUUGUGUUUGGUAGAAUUGCAGCCAACGAGAUCGGUUCCAGGAGAAACUAG